AUGGCCACUUCAAAGUGUCCCGGGGAGGAGGAGACCACCAUCCUCAUGGCUAAAGAAGAGCUGGAGGCCCUGCGCACCGCCUUCGAGUCCGGAGACAUCCCCCAGGCCGCCUCUCGCCUCCGGGAGCUGCUGGCCUCCUCCGAGAGCACCCGCCUGGAGGUGGGUAUCACCGGCGAGUCUGGCGCCGGCAAGUCGUCGCUCAUCAACGCCCUCCGCGGCCUGGGGGCCGAGGACCCCGGUGCGGCUCUCACCGGCGUCGUGGAGACCACGAUGCACCCCUCGUCCUACCCACACCCACAGUUUCCCGACGUGACCCUGUGGGACCUGCCCGGGGCCGGCUCUCCCGCCUGCUCCGCUGACAAGUACCUGAAGCAGGUGGACUUCGGCCACUACGACUUCUUCCUGCUGGUCUCCGCCCGCCGCUGCGGGGCCGUGGAGACGCGCCUGGCCUCGGAGAUCCUGCGCCAGGGCAAGAAGUUCUACUUCGUGCGCACCAAGGUGGACGAGGACCUGGCGGCCACGCGCACGCAGCGGCCCUCCGGCUUCAGCGAGGCCGCGGUGCUGCAGGAGAUCCGCGACCACUGCGCCGAGCAGCUGCGCGCGGCCGGGGUGCCCGAGCCCCGCAUCUUCCUCGUGUCCAACCUGAAGCCGGUGCUCUACGACUUCCCGCUGCUGCUGUCCACCUGGGAGCACGACCUGCCCGCCCACCGGCGCCACGCCGGCCUGCUGUCGCUGCCCGACGUCUCGCUGGAGGCCGUGCAGAAGAAGAAGGACAUGCUGCAGGAGCAAGUGCUCAAGACGGCGCUGGUGUCCGGCAUCAUCCAGGCCCUGCCGGUGCCGGGGCUGGCGGCCGCCUACGACGACGCCCUGCUGGUCCGCUCGCUGCGCGGCUACCACCGCAGCUUCGGCCUGGACGACGACUCGCUGGCCAGGCUGGCGGAGCAGGUGGGCAAACAGGCCGGCGACCUGCGCUCCGUCAUCCGCUCGCCGCUGGCCAACGAGGUCUCGCCCGAGUCUGUCCUGCGGCUCUACUCGCAGUCGUCCAACGGCGCCAUGAGGGUGGCCCGGGCCUUCGAGAAGGGCAUCCCCGUGUUCGGCACGCUCGUGGCCGGCGGCAUCAGCUUCGGCACCGUCUACACCAUGCUCCAGGGCUGCCUCAACGAGAUGGCGGAGGACGCGCAGCGGGUGCGCAUCAAGGCCCUGGAGGAGGACGAGCCCCAGUCCGAGGUCAGCUUGGAGGCGGCGGGCGACAACCGUGUGGAAAGCCACGGGUCCGGGGAGGGCGGGGGCGAGGACGCCCCAAGCUCCAUCCGCCGGAAGCUCGGCCUCCUGCUCAAGUACAUCCUGGACAACUGGAAGAAGCGGGACUUGGAAGAGAAGUAG